AUGUCAAUUCCUUGUUUUCUUUGUCAUUUUGAAAGAGACAUCCAUUUUGAAAGAGACAUCCAUUUUGAAAGAGACAUCCAUUUCUAUCAGUCAACCGCCUCCUUUUAUUUUCUCGUUUCAGUUCCCAUCAUCCCAAACUUCUUAUAUCAAAUUCAAAGCAAACACAUAAUCAUGAACGAGACAAGGCGUGUUAUGGUCAAUGUGUCCGAACCGGCCGUAAUCGAGACGAUCUGCUACAACGCCACACCAACAUCUAAUGAAACAGAGUCAGAGGGCUUCAUGAAAUAUUUCGAGAAAUUUGCUAAGACUUACGCCCCACCAACGCCGAGCACGUACAUUUGUGAGAAUGUUACGAUUGAGCCACAGGGUUGGACCGAGGGCUAUGUGACUGAGGCCAACAGAAUUUCGGUGCCAAUGACCAGGCAUCAAUUUCUCAGACACGCUACCGUAGUCGUUGGCAUGAUGUUUGCGUCCAAAGCCAUAAUUCAACUUAUUACCAACCCAUUCAUCGGCCCAAUUACAAACAGGGUUGGUUACAGCAUCCCAAUGUUUACAGGAUUUGUGGUUAUGAUGAUUUCCACAAUUAUAUUUGCCUUUGCUAAUUCAUAUGGUACCCUGUUCUUCGCUCGAUCGAUACAAGGGAUUGGUUCUGCUUGUUCCAGUGUCUCUGGCAUGGGCAUGUUAGCUGACAAAUAUCCAGAUGAUGCAGAGCGAGGAAAAGCUAUGGGUGUGGCGCUCGGCGGUCUAGCCAUCGGGGUCUUGGUCGGACCUCCUUUCGGUGGCGUCAUGUACCAGUUUGGUGGCAAAGAACUUCCCUUCCUUAUAUUAGCUGUUGUUGCUAUUGUUGAUGGAUGUCUUCAGUUGUUAGUAUUACAACUAAAAGUAAAACCAGAACCGCAAGAAGGAACAUCUUUAAAAGAUCUGAUAAGAGAUCCUUAUAUUUUAAUAGCAGCCGGUUCAAUUACAUUUGCAAAUAUGGGAAUCGCCAUGUUAGAACCUUCACUACCAAUGUGGAUGUCAGACACCAUGCAUGCUCCUGAAUGGCAACAAGAUUCUUACACCAAUCAACAAUCUGGAACUGGCUUCCCUCAUUAUAAAGUUGUAAAUUUUAGUGCGCCGAUAGAAAACAUCUAUCUAUCUAUCUCUCUCGAGGUGGUGCAAUGUUUACUUCUGUCCAUUUUUUCCUUUCUUCUCGCCACUUUUUCUUCGUUCUUUCUAUUUUCUAAAUUGUUAUUGUUUUUUAAGCAAUCUUUCUCGCGUUUAAACUUUUUCUUUCCAAUUCUUUUCUUUCCUUCUCUUUUUCUUUUCUUUCAUUUUCUUUUUCUUUUCUCCUUUUUUCUUUUCUUUUUUUUUCUUUUCUUUCUUUCCCUUUUUUCUUUCCUUCUCACUGCCUAG